GUGCAGAAAAAGCAUAAACAUCACCUCUGUGUAUUUAAUUUAUUUUUAAUAAUUUAAAGCCUCUAUUUGGUUAAAAAUCUAUUGGUUUUUAAUGACAAAGUAAUAUAUCUCACCUACCAGCAGUUCUUCAUUAUUUCCAUUCAAUAAAAGUAAAGCAAAACUCAGUCACUUCUUUCAAAAACACAUAACCUCAAACUGUAACAAUGGAGUCUAUUAAACAAUCAAUGUCAGAGAUGGCUGAAGACUUUAAGAAACAGAUGGCAGCCUUCCAGAGCGAAAUUGAUAAGGCAGCUCCUUCUAGUCCCACCGUGGCUUCAGUGUCAGCCGACUUCAGCGCUUUCAGAAGGUUCAUUCUGGGUUCGCUAGAUGCUUUGCAGAAGCAAGUAAAUUUCCUUGGACAGCAACUGGAUCAGCAAGAGAUGCGUUCACGGCGGAAAAUGUUGCUGUUGCAUGGCGUGCCUGAGUCUGAGGGUGAUUCUCCGGCAAGUGCUGUGGAGCUUCUGAAUAGGCAUCUCGAGAGCAAGCUAUCGGUGGAUGAUGUGAGGCGCUGUCAUCGAGUUGGUAGGCCACACAAUAACAGAUCGAGAUGCAUCCUAAUGAAAUUCACCGAUGUUUCUGUGCGGAAUUCUGUCUGGUUCGGUAAGAAGUGCCUCAAGGGGACCGGUGUCACAGUGUCCGAGUUCCUCACGGCGCCGCGUCAUGCUGUCUUUAUGGCUGCCCGUGAGCGCCUAGGAAUACGGAGUUGUUGGACCCGCGACGGCAACGUGUUCGUCCUUGAUGCCGCGGGUAAGCGAUGCUGCGUUACCACUGUGGCGGAUGUGGAGCAGUUCCCGGCGGCGACAUCGGACCGCGCCGAGGUGGCUCCUACUGCUGCCAUCGGAGCAGUCCAACCACCCGCAGCGAGGGCCAAGAGGAAUCCAAGAUCGCGCGUUUAG